CUUCCUAAUGCGGCACAACUCAGAUUUUUCUUCUUCUUUUUAUUUUUUAUUUUCUUUUCCGAAUUCAUUUACGCUUUAGCUUUACCGGGUCAAAUGCUUCAAACCAGAGGACUUCCCCACAACAACACCGCAAAAUCUCUGCUGGGUUAGGGUUUCUACUUUCAAUCGGGAAGAAAAGCUCAACUUGUCAAUCGAGGCGGAGAUUCAAAUUUAAUCCCUUCGAAAACACCACUUACGCAGAUUGUGCUUCAAUUUUCAUCUCUGCAAGAGUCCAGAUCAUUUGGGGCAGCCUCAAAUGGGGACAUCCUCUGGAGCUCAUAUCAAUGACCAAUCAUCAAUGCUGCCUCCUCGGCAACAGCCACGGUCUGGAGGAGGUGGGCUUCAGACAUCCCUCUCCUUGGUCUCUUCAGAUGCCUGUGGAUCUCCAAAUCUUCAUGAGCGCGGCUCAAAUUCUGAUCAGGUCCGGGAAUCGCCAUCUGAAAGUGCUAGUUCCAGAGAAACUUGGCCCACUGCUGAUGCUUUGGUAGCGAAGAGACUGGAGAAGGAAAAAGAAAGAGAGAAUGGUUUCGCAGAGCAGUCUGUCAUGCAGCACGUCGCCAGUUCAGAUAAGUUGUGUCUUAUGGAUGUAGCUAGAGAAAGAGUAGAAAUUAUAGCAGAGAGGAUGCAAAACCUUCCAGAUGAGUAUCUGGAAAAGUUUAAGAACGAGCUCCGGGCUUCUCUCGAAGGUUUAGGUGGUUCACAGCAAAGAGAAGAGUUCCUAUUUUUUCAGAAGAUGGUUCAGAGUAGGGGUGAUUUGACAGAUAAAACACUGAUUAUGGCACACAGGGUUCAGCUCGAGAUCCUGGUUGCGAUGAAGACUGGAAUUCAGGCAUUUUUACAUCCUAGUGUCAGUCUAUCUCAAGCUUCUCUUAUCGAUAUAUUCUUAUACAGGAGGUGCAGAAACAUAGCAUGUGGAAGCACAUUGCCUGCAGAGGACUGUGCCUGUGAGUUGUGCUCGAGAAGAAAUGGUUUCUGCAAUCUCUGCAUGUGUGUGAUCUGCAACACUUUCGAUUUUGAGGUCAACACAUGCCGCUGGAUUGGGUGUGACUCGUGCUCUCACUGGACUCACACUGACUGUGCUAUUCGAAAUGGACAGAUUGGCAUGGGUCCUUCUGUUAAAAAUGGGGUGAGCUCAGCAGAGAUGCUCUUUAGGUGCCGAGCUUGCAGUCGAACAUCUGAGUUGUUCGGGUGGGUAAAAGAUGUGUUUCAGCAAUGUGCACCAAGCUGGGAUAGGGAUGCUUUGAUUAGAGAGCUCGACUAUGUAAGUAGAAUUUUCCGUGGGAGUGAGGACCCAAGAGGCAGGAAAUUAUUAUGGAAAUGUGAAGAGAUCAUACAGAAAUUGAAAAAUGGGGCAGCUGAACCUAUUCCUUGUAAAGUAAUCUUGAUGUUCUUUCAAGAACUUGAAGAUUCGUUCAAAAAUCAAGAAAAUGAAGAAGCUGGCAGAAUGCUGUCUCCACAGGAAGCAUUCAAUAGGAUAGCGGAAGUAGUGCAGGAAGCUGUUAGAAAGAUGGAAAUGGUAGCUGAGGAGAAGAUGCAGAUGGUAAAAAAGGCACGAUUUUCUGUCGAGGCUUGUGAUCAGGAGCUCAAGGAUAAAGCGAGGGAAGUUUCUGAACUGAAGAUGGAAAGGCAGAGAAAGAAGAUGCAGAUUGAUGAGCUCGAAAGCAUUGUAAGACUCAAACAGGCUGAGGCUGAUAUGUUUGAGAUGAAGGCCAAUGAGGCCCGACGAGAAGCUGAGAGGCUGCGCAGAAUUGCACUCGCCAAGACUGAGAAGUCAGAGGAUGAUUAUGCCAGUAGGUAUCUCAAACAGAGACUGCAUGAAGCCGAAGCUGAGAAGCAGUAUCUGUUUGAAAAGAUCAAGCUCCAGGAGAGUUCAAGAGCGUCGCAGAGUAGCGCUGGCGGGAACGAGUCUUGUCAGAUGUACAACAAAAUCCAAGACCUGCUCAAGAACAUGUACAGCAGCACGCCUUCGAAGGUGGAGGCCCCAUCUAAAUUAGGUAUUUAAACGUUUUGACUUGGAUCUUUCUAUAGGUUGCACUGAUUUGUUCAAGCGUGUGGAUAAGGACAAGUGAUGUAAUGCUGUUGUAAACGAAGGUGUGUAGUUGUCUUUUGGUUGUGUUUGUUGUAUGUGGAGUAAAGGAAUUGGACAAGAAUCAAAUCUAUCUGAUUCGUUAUGUCGGUGGAAUCGGAGAAAAGGGAAAGGAAGAGAAUCUUUACUUGCAA